AUGCUAGGUGUGAUAUUUGGACCGUUAGGACAUGCUAAACAAAAAGCUAUUUUGCUAUCCAGCGCGCUCCUAAUUUAUACGCCACCAUACCGUCGAUCAUACCAAGUUGAACAAACGCUUACGGAGGAAACAGCCAGAUUGUUCCGGCAAGGAAUCGUUGAACACUUAACAUCGCCAUGGUCAUCAAAUGUCGUGCUCGUAAAAAAGAAACACGGUGGUAUUCGGUUUUGUGUCGACUUCAGCAAACUAAACGAAAUCACGACCAAAGACCGAUUUCCGUUGCCAAGAAUCAAUAUUAUUUUUGAUAAUCUGUCUGAUUCGGAAUAUUUUACAACUCUCGAUUUCAAAUCUGGAUAUCACCAAAUUCCACUCGAUCGCAAAGAUCGUCCGAAGACGGCAUUCUCAACCCGUGAUAAUCGCUAUCAGUUUACCGUAUUACCUCAAGGUGUCACAAAUGGUUCCCCAACUUUUCAACGUAUCGAUAAUCAAAUUCUUGGACGCAGCCCGUGGAAGUUUAGUCUCGCAUAUCUUGACGAUGUUAUUAUUUAUUCUAGAUCAUCUGAUGAACAUCUGACGCAUCUUGACGAUAUUCUCAACCGUCUCAGUGAAGCGAACUUCCGUCUCAAUAUUGACAAAUACAAUAUUGCACAUCAAGCAAUCAAUUUUCUUUGUCAUCGAAUUGAAUUGCACAUGAGAACAUCAUGCCUGAUGCAGCGAAAACCCGCGGGUUGCUCGACACACCGUUACCAACAAGUGCAAAACAAGCGUAUCGAUUUACUUCAAACUGACGCGUCACAGGAGGGUAUCGGUGCUGUAUUAAUGCAGACACAUCCAAACGGUGAUUUACCCGUCGCGUACUUAUCGCAAAAGUUCUCAUCACCUCAGAAAACUUGGUCUACACCUGAAAAAGAAUGUUUAGCGAUACUGUCCACAAUUGAAAAAUGGCAUAAAUAUUUAGACGGACGUGAAUUCAUAUUAGAAACCGAUCACAAAUCGCUGAUACAACUGAAUCAGAAAGCGCAAGGAGUGAAGUCUGUUGUUAAAAUGAGUAAUCGAUCAAUUUCAUUAUUGUAUAUUAUUAUUAUUAUUAUUAUUGUUACUGUUGUUGGUAAUGGCAAUGACAUUACUGCUAUGAGUAAUGCAGUUCAUACUAGAGCAUCAUCAUCAAAAAUAUUAUUUGUUCCAUUUCCAUUAUAUUCACAUUUGAUUAGUUUAAUACCACUAGCAAAACAACUACAAAAAAUGGGUCAUCAUUGCACAUUUGCUCUGUUUGAUAAACAAAUUGGAUUAUUAAAAUCAAAAUCAUCAUUUGAUAAUCAAUUUAAUACCAUCAGUCUCGCUUCAUUAAAUGAUACAAACACUGAAUAUGAUGCUGCAGUUGAAUAUGAAUCAAAUUUACAAUUUUUAAGUCGUUUUUCUUUUCCAUUAAUAUUAUCACUUUAUGAACCGAUGUAUAAAGGUUUAAGACAACAUUUACAAACAAAUCACUAUGAUUUAUUUGUAAUAGAUGUGUUUUCAUUUGCUGCGUAUGAUUUAGCUUAUGAAUUAAAUAUAUCGUAUGUGAUAUAUUCCUGUAACAGUAAUAUUGGAGAAGAACUGAAUCUACCCGCAUGGCUACCAAGUGGAUUUGAUUUAACAACACUAACACAAAUGAAACAAUCAUACUGGACAAGAUUUCAUCAAAAAAUAAUUAUUUCAUUACAGAUGGUGUACUAUUUUAUGCCUACUAUCAAAAAACUAACUCAUAUUCGUCGGCGAUUAAAUGUAAACGUUUCAUUUUUCCCACUACUCAAUCGAAAUAAUCCAAUUAUUAUUCCAAAUCCGGUAGCUUUUGAGUUUCGACGAUCAUAUAUUCCAAUUUAUCAUUUUGUAGGAUUUGUGAUUGAAUCAUCAAAUUCAAACUUAGAAUUGACGAAUGAUGAUUAUGAUAUUGAUAUGUGGCUAAAUAAAACAGAAAAUAAUGAAUUUGUUAUGCUUGUUGUUGUAGGCACAAUUACAAUUAUCAAUCAACGUAUUUGGAACGAAAUAAUACAAACAAUAUAUUUAGUUAAAAAUAUGCGAUUAUUAUUAGCUACGAAUGAUAAAGCAAUUAAAAAUAUUUUAAAAUCCAAUCCAAAUAUAACAUCAGAUCGUUUACUAAUUAAAAGUUGGAUCAAUCAACAACAUGUAUUAAAUCAUAAAGCAAUUAAAAUAUUUUUUAAUCACGGUGGAUUACAUACUGUGGCAGAAUCAAUAUAUGCACAUAUCCCAAUGAUUGUUAUGCCUAGUUUUGGUGAUCAAUAUGCGAAUGCAGUUAAAAUACAAGAAUAUCAACUAGGAUUAGCUAUUCAUCGAGAUACAAUUACAUCGUUAGAAAUUUCAGAAAAGAUUCAUUAUAUACUUGAUCCUAUUAAUUAUUCCAUUAUUCUUAAACAAUUGACUAAAAUGCAUCAAUUAAGUGAAUUAAGUGGUGGUGCUUCUACAGUUGUUAUAUUAAUUGAUAACUGGUUAUUAACUGGUUAUGAACAUUUAGUUACAUAUGAUAAUCGAUUUCCAUACUUUAUUUCUUCUGGUUUAGAGAUUCAAUUCACAUGGAUUCUAAUUAUCUUUACCUUAUUUUCUUUAUUUUUAUUUUUAUUAUGGUCAAUUUACCGGUACAUUUUCUGCAGUAGAAAAAGCUCAACAAAUAUCAAAACAAAACAGUUCUGAUUUCAUACUAAAAUAUUCAAAAGUAGCUCAAAAAUUUAGCUUUUAUUUGCUUAGUUCAACGAAAGCAUUAUCACAGAAAUAUAUUUUCAUAUUAUUUAGUCAACAAAGUUAAACUACUGUAUAGUGACUCGUAGUGUAUCGAUUACACUGUAAAUAAUGUCAUGUCUCAUCAUACAAAAUUCAAUCAAAUAAUAAAAAUAAUAAUAUCAAAAAAUAUCGUUCAACCCGGGUUGUUUACUUAAGUGAGACAAGCACUCCAUCAAUAGUUUAAAUUAAACGAAGUGUCAAUCCAAUUUAUGUAGCAUAUUUUAUAUUUAAAAAUAAUGAUGAAAAAAUACAUAUGCAGGAAUAACAAGAAGUAAGGAGACCACUAACUGGUCCGUCGUUCUUGUUCUGUAAAGCGAUCUGAAAAAUGCUCAAGAAGUUAAACUACGUUAGUUGUGCAUCUGAAUUGUGCAAAAAGAAUUUGAAAAAAAUCAUACGAUCUAGGGCCUACGGCAUGCCAUACCGUGCUCUUAUCCACUGAGCUAUUACGGACUGUGAUAAUAAAGAUCAUCUCACUAUUACAUUCUGAUUAAUCAGUUUCAGAUUUUUGAAUUCCUUUUCUGAGUAAUGUGUGCUUGGUGCAAGAAACACUAUUGUUACCACCACCUUAUUCAAGAUCUACACCUUCAUUUGUAGCGAAUUGUGUUACCAUCCUAUUGCACCAGCUAUUACUUUCAAAUCAAAUAAAAAAG